AUGGCGGAGGCGCUGAGGCGGGUGCUGGAUGCAGGCAGCGCGGCAAGGCCCGAAGGGGAUGGAACUACCGGGCCACCUUUGCUGCUGCUCGGCGCUCCGCGUUCCGCGCAGACGUCGCUGCUGUUUGCAGCCGCCCUUGAGGCGGCAGGGGAAGGCCGCGGGCCUGUCCUCUUCCUGACACGAAGGCCACUUCAGAGCCUGCCGCUCAACACACCCGCAGCGCGGGAACCCUGGCGGCUCCAGAAGGUUCGAUUCCAGUACCCAUCCUCAGUUCCAGAGCUUCUCCAGCUGCUAGCCUCUGCCCAUGAGGCCCCAGGGCCUGCCCCGUCGCUUCUACUGCUGGACGGCCUGGAAGACUAUCUAGCAGAGGACUCAGGGGCCCAGGAAGCCGCCUACUUGGCUGCGUUGCUUCUGGAUACUGUUGCUUACUUUAGCCACCAUCUUGGAGCCAGUGGCAGUUGCGGGCUUGUGGUGGCCCUUGAGACCCAAAAAGAAGCAGAUGGUGAUGUCCCACAUCUGACAUUGCUUCAACGGUAUUUUCCUGUGCAGUGCUGGCUACAGCCAGAUGCCCUAGGCUUGGGACAGCAGUACUGCCUUCGAGCCAGCCUGGAGUCCGGCAAGCUGAGCCCCAGGAUGGAGUGGUCAGUGACUUUCUUACCCAGUGGAGAGAUGAAGAUCACCCCAUGGCCUACCCAGGCUUCUAAGCCCUGCUCAGAUAAAAAAGAUUCAAGUGCUAGAAGCCAGUCAUUAACUUUGGCAUGUGACAACCUCUCUGGUCCUCAGUGUCCCUUGGAUAGAACACUUACUUCAGGGACAGGUGCAGAGUCAAAGACCUGAACAGUGUAGGUUUUCUUUUAUAGACUAGCAUUGUUGAGAGCUGGUGAGAUGGCUCAGUAGGGAAGGGACCUUAACAACCUGCAUGAUGGCCUGACUUUGAUUUCUGGGACCCACAUAGUUGGAAUCUAGCUGACUCCUGCAAGUUGUCUUCUGACCUUCACUCUUGGGUAGUGACACACACACACCCUCCACACUAAUAAUAAUAAAUAAAUAAUAAACCCUUCAGAAUAAAUAAAUAAUAUAGUCAUUGAUGAGAUUCAGCCACAUUUCCUAGUUCAUUUCUUUACCUGUUGCAUUUGUUUCCCAGACAGGACCUUGUGUAGCUCAGGCUAGGCUGAGACUAAAUUAAUACUUAGCAGAGGCUAUCCUUGAACUUAUGAUCCUCCAGCCCCAUCUCUUGAGGGCAGGGCCUAUGGAGUGUGCUCCCAUACUUGAUUCCUCUUGCCUAUUCCAUGGGUGCCUGUAUCCGUUACCUCUGUGUCUCUGCUUACAUACUGUCAGGGAUUAAUCAUACACAUGCCCUUGCACAUGUGUGUAGGGUGUACGGCUGGGAGUGGAAUCACUCCAUAUAGAGUAUGCACAUGUUUAGCUUUCUUAGGACAUACAUUUUUAAUGCCAUUAAACUGAAUUUGAGCAUGGUUAUAUGCAAAAUGGUAGGCCCAGCUUUGGAACGUAGAUGUAGGAGGUCACUGUCCACUCUGGCAUACACUAGACCCUGUCUCAGAAAAACCAAAGUGGGCCAGGCUGUUAAUCCUAGUACAGGGGCAGGCAGAUAUGUCUGUGUUUAAGGCCAGCCUGGUUUCAAUGGACUGUUCAGGCCAACCAGGGCUACAUAGUGAGACCCUGUCUCAAAGGCAAAACAAAAAAACUAGGGAGCCAGAGAGAGGGCUCAGUGGUUAAGAAUUUUCCACAGGAUGUGGAUUCAGUUCCCAGCAUUCCUAUCAGACACAACCUUUGCAAGUACAGCUUCAGGGGAUCUGAUGUCCUCUUCUGGUCUCCUUGGACACUAGGCAAGAAGUGGUGAACAUACAUACAUAUAAACAGAACGCUCAUGCACAUAAAACUAAAGUAUAUAAAAAUCUUUAAAACAACAAAUCUAUCCUGAAGGUAAGCUCAAGACUCAGUGUGUUGUAAAGGGGGAGGGUGAAUAAUUCAUCCUGUAGCAGAAGCUCCUUAAACUCAGGAAGUAAACAACUCAAAGGCUUCAGGAAGUCCCCAACCCUCAGACAAGCUGAGCAGCUUGGAAAGGACGCUCUCCAACCUGUGGAACUGCCUGCAGGCUGUGCAGUGUGCACCAGGUUCCCAGCUCCGGGGUGGGCUUUGCCGAUGCAGCUGUCUGAGUCAUUUCCACUCCUGUAAGUGACCCCUCACCCAUAUGUGCAGGAAUGCACAUAACUCCAGUAAAACUCAUUG